UUCUCGUGGUGGCAGUAGCAUAAAUCGAACACAUAGCAAGUUACAGUAUACAUGGGAAAUAUCACUUUUUAGUCGAUGGUGUACAGUAAUUAGAAAAAAGUAGCUACUUUGACCAUCGAUUGAAGAUUAAUGCUUAGAAUUUUGUACAGGCGUUAACGAGGCAACUAUGUUGGGUCCUCACAGCGUCAACGUUUACGUGAGUAAAGCACAGCGAGGAAGUAAAAGUGUGAAGAUGGGCCGCUCCUCCAAAGACAAACGGGAUAUCUACUACCGUCUUGCCAAGGAGGAGGGCUGGAGGGCCAGGAGCGCCUUCAAACUACUGCAGCUGGAUGAGGAGUUUGGCCUGUUCAAAGGUGUAAAAAGGGCAGUCGACCUCUGUGCUGCCCCAGGCAGCUGGAGCCAGGUCCUGAGCCGUAAACUCAGAGGAAAGGAGGAGAAGAGUGAAGAGGUAAAGAUAGUGGCAGUGGACCUGCAGGCCAUGGCUCCUCUCCCUGGGGUGACACAGAUCCAGGGGGACAUCACCAAGAUCUCCACUGCCCUGGAGAUAAUCAGGCAUUUUGAAGGACAGCCUGCAGACCUGGUAGUGUGUGAUGGAGCCCCAGACGUGACAGGACUCCAUGAUGUGGAUGAGUACAUCCAAGCUCAGCUCCUAUUGGCUGCCCUAAACAUUACAACACACGUCCUGAAACCUGGAGGAACAUUUGUUGCAAAGGUAGAUAUUCCGGGGAAGGACGUGACCCUCCUGUACUCCCAGCUUAAGAUAUUCUUCAGUAGUGUGACCUGUGCCAAGCCCCGGAGCAGCAGGAAUUCCAGCAUAGAGGCAUUUGUGAUGUGUCAGAAUUACUCUCCUCCAGUAGGAUAUGUGCCCAACAUGUCCAAUCCUCUACUGGAUCACUCAUAUGAUGUAGAUUUUAACCAGCUGGAGGGACCGAACAGAAUCAUAGUUCCUUUCUUGGCCUGUGGAGACCUGAGUGCCUUUGACUCGGACCAGACCUACCCUCUCCAGUUGGAUGCCAGUAAGGAAUACAAGUACACACCCCCCACCCAGCCCCCCAUUCGCCCACCCUACCAGCAGGCCUGUCAACUACGCAAGAACAACCUAUUGGCCAAGGAGGACUCCCCCUCUCUUCCAUUGGAUGAAGCCCUUUCAAAUAUGGACAUUUCAACCAGUCAGGAAGAGUCAUAGUGUGUUCAGUUUAUUUAACGUUUUGCUACGUUGUGUGGCGGUUUGUACUGAACGACACGUUUACCCACAACGGAGCGCACAGUGCUUCAACGGUCUUUGUGGUAUGUUUUCUCCCAUUUGGUGGGAGGGUUGUGGCCUGAUUAAUAUGGUUAUGACCAUUUGUAAUUUCAAAACUUGUGCAGCACACCAUACACAAUCACCCUCUGGGCCACCAUAAUCACAACAUUCUUCAUCUGGUCGUUCAGAACAGCACCAUGUCCAUGGAACACUGAGCCCUGCUGAAUGCGGCAAUAGUUGUCUUCCCUAACAGAGAGAACUGGAAUUUCAUAGAGCAGAAAGAGAAAGAAAGAGGAUAUUUGGUUCAGAAAAGCCUUGAAUGCAGAAAGACUGUGUAUAGAUUAUUUUUGCCACAUGUUUUACCAAUCAAUUUCAAUUGUCAUGUUAUACUGUUAUCGUGUUUUUAUUCUGUAUUUUCUGGUUUUACUUCUAAAAUAAAUAACAUUUACUCCGGCA